UAUAUUGCUGUCCAUAAUGCUUGAGCUGUAAAGACGCCAUUAUUUUACAAGUCGACCUACGUUACUGAGCUUUUCGGGACAAUAUCCCAUAUGCUGAAAAUGCCAUUGCUGGUUGCUCCUUCCUCCGAAUACAGCUUGCUACUUUUGGGCAGAAUUCCCUGAGAAUGGAACUCUUACUUCUUUGUAUAAUGGAUAGUAUUUCGAUCCUUUUAUGGCCUCCCUGCUCUAUAUUCAUUUUUGUGACAAUCCUGUCCCAGCAUAGAUAAUACCGCUUCAUCCCAAGGACCGCAUUCAUGACGACCUCAGCACCCAAGGACCUGUCUCAGAAACAUGGACCUAUAGCAAUCAGUCUGGCACAGGCUCUCAAGCUAAUAGGAGCACUGUUGACGCUGAAGAUGCUGCAUGCUGUGGCGCUGGUCUUUCGCAUAGAGCAAGCAGCAGCACGGCACCCGGUUCGGGGAGCCAUUCAUCGCAGAGAGCAGCAAAUCGUACGAAUCUUUCUAUCGUCAAUUCCGGAAAGCUACUACGUACCGGUUAUCGGGAACUUCUUCUCCAACGACCUUCCCUUAACCUCCAUCGCAACGAAUUCUAUUUCGAUUCAGCAGUCCCAGAGACCGACAAAUGCGGCGGAAGUACAGUCUACUGAGAGGACAUCGUCCAACCAGAACAGUCUGCUGAUGCAAGUCUCCUCCAGUAUUGAGCCUGCAGUCCGCAUGUCCCAGGGACUCGUGGAUCGUGAGGCUGAGCUAGCCAAAAACAAAUCGGAAAGUGGCAUGGACUCAAUGAUUCCAGCGGCCGGCAGCGAUUCGCUUUACUCGAACACGACGAUAAAAAGAAGUACUUCUGUGCGCAGAAUGUACUCGCGUUCCUCGAGUAUGCAGCAACAUAUGGCAGGUUCGGCGGCGCAGUAUGCCAAGCUUGCGUCUGGCAGGCCACAAUUCAGCACCACCAGUCGGCCAAUGUCGAUGGAGUCCACGGAGGGACAGCAGCCUCGACUGGCUGAUGACUCUGCGGACGACCAGACGCUGCUUGAAAUGGAGACUCUGCGAGCAACCCACUCGGUGGAAAGUUUUCCUGGAAAAUUUCCCAUCAGUGAUGGGCUGGAGUUUAGCUCUCUUGCCACGGCACCGCACCAUAUAAGAGGCCGAGGGACCACUUCUGUCAGGCCGUUUUCCGACGUUUGACUGGACAUUGAAUUGUCUGUUCUGUUCUGCUCUUGGUUUUGCUUUUCCUGUCUGGAGUAAUGGAGAGUUAAGCGUGUUUUCAUCAUUACUUGGAGUCUCAUGUGUCAGAAACAGGGUUAGCAUUCAGGUUAAUACCCGAUUCCAUAGCUCAAAUCAGCAAGAAUUCAUCCAAAAACAACAGAGCAGCAGGGCUACUGUUCUUGGUAUAUGGCAUGAUCCAGAUAUCCCAUUGCCCGAACGUAGAU